CGCGCGGGAGCCGGGCGCGAGCAGGGCGCAGCCGCGAGGGAGGCACGGGGGAGGCCAGUGGGAGCCGGGGCACCAGCAGCAGCCAGUGUCGGUGAAGAGCAGCCAGAGUCACAGUCGCGAUGGCCGUGGCGGUGGGGAGACCGAGUAAUGAAGAGCUGAGAAACUUAUCACUUUCUGGUCAUGUUGGAUUUGACAGCCUGCCCGACCAGCUGGUCAACAAAUCCACUUCUCAAGGAUUCUGUUUCAACAUCCUGUGUGUGGGUGAGACAGGUAUUGGCAAAUCCACAUUGAUGGACACUUUAUUCAACACCAAGUUUGAAAGUGACCCAGCUACUCACAAUGAGCCAGGCGUCCGGUUAAAAGCCAGAAGUUAUGAACUCCAGGAAAGCAAUGUACGGCUGAAGCUAACUAUCGUUGACACAGUGGGAUUUGGAGACCAGAUUAAUAAAGAUGACAGCUAUAAGCCUAUAGUGGAAUACAUUGAUGCCCAGUUUGAGGCCUACUUGCAAGAGGAAUUGAAAAUUAAACGUUCUCUCUUCAACUACCAUGACACAAGGAUUCACGCCUGCCUUUACUUUAUCGCCCCCACGGGACAUUCACUGAAGUCCCUGGACCUGGUCACCAUGAAGAAGCUGGACAGCAAGGUGAACAUCAUCCCGAUCAUCGCUAAAGCCGACACCAUCGCCAAGAAUGAAUUGCACAAAUUCAAGAGUAAGAUCAUGAGUGAACUAGUUAGCAACGGAGUCCAGAUAUAUCAGUUCCCCACAGAUGAGGAGACAGUGGCCGAGAUUAAUGCAACGAUGAGUGUCCAUCUCCCAUUCGCAGUGGUCGGCAGUACUGAAGAGGUCAAGAUAGGCAACAAGAUGGCGAAGGCCAGGCAGUACCCUUGGGGUGUGGUGCAGGUUGAGAACGAAAACCACUGUGAUUUUGUGAAGCUGCGGGAGAUGCUGAUCCGAGUGAACAUGGAGGACCUGCGAGAGCAGACGCACACUCGCCACUAUGAGUUGUAUCGGCGCUGUAAGCUUGAGGAGAUGGGCUUCAAGGACACCGACCCCGACAGCAAGCCCUUCAGUCUUCAGGAGACCUACGAAGCAAAGAGGAACGAGUUCCUGGGAGAGCUGCAGAAGAAAGAGGAGGAGAUGAGACAGAUGUUCGUCAUGAGGGUGAAGGAAAAAGAGGCGGAGCUCAAGGAGGCAGAAAAAGAGCUUCAUGAGAAGUUCGACCUCCUGAAGCGGACUCACCAAGAGGAGAAGAAGAAGGUGGAAGACAAGAAGAAGGAGCUUGAGGAGGAGGUGAGCAACUUCCAGAAGAAGAAGGCAGCGNCUCAGCUCUUGCAAUCCCAGGCCCAGCAGUCUGGGGCCCAGCAAACCAAGAAGGACAAGGAUAAGAAAAACUGAUCAUCUGCCUCUUGAAAGAAAGAAGUGGGCAUCCUACCUUUAAAUUCAGGAACCAUUUUUUUAAUUUGACUCUGUUACCUGCAUCCCUUACAGAAGUUGUUUGGGGAGGGGGUUCUGUUCGUUUUGGGGGCGGGGGAUUCCAACUAGCCACUCCUGCAUUUUGUAUUUGUUAUUCAAACUUUUGGUAUCAAAAACCAUGCCAAUCCUAAGUUCACUUCAAGGGAGAAUUCUGUUUAAUAUGUUCUUAUCUUAGAUGCAAUUUGAAAAUGUCCCUUUUUGUUACUAGAGUUUUGAUCUACUAGUCUUAAUUUUAUGUUUGAAUUGUGCCAGUGUUGGGUAAAUGACUUUUCUGCCUUUGGGGCUCAAUUUAUAUUUAAAGAUAUCUUAAAAUACUGUCUGGCCCAUCCCUGCCUUUGAAUUUGUUGUGAAGCUCUGCUUUACCUCCUGUCCACUUUUUCUUUUCUUUUCCUUUUUAAACCACAAAAACGAACACUAAACUGUACACACCCUUCCCAGGUCACUGCUGUGGUAACAAAGGUUCAAUUCAUAUCUUCUCAGAUGGACUCAGGGCUCUCUCCACAGUGUCAGCAAAAGGCCUGCUAGGAAUCAAAGCAUUUGCAUCAGAAAACUUAGAAUCCACCCACAUCUAGAAACACUUGUGCCAGCUGAGUUAGCUUGUGUUUUCCAAAGCUGCCCGCAUCUAUGCCGAGUCAGGCUCAUUUAAAUAAUAUUCACCUCUCAGACAAAAGACAACUUCCAGAUCCCUAUUGAUCUAAUCCAACCAUCCAAAUUCCCAUCAGCAAAGAAUGGUUGAAGUUCCCUUCUAAAUUCACUACUUGUCUACAGCAUUGUUUGCAUCUUAAAAUCCUUUCAUCUCCACGGGAGGUUCGAAUUGCAUUUGGCCAGAAGCCUUUGGGGCGGUGCCCUCUGUGAGAAGGGUACAGUGUUUCUGUGGGCCGGUGAAGACACAGUAGUUCUUAUUCUCAGGAAGAGGUCCCUUAGAGCACCUGGAUGAGUUUGUUAGCAAGCAGCUUCUUACUAGAAAGUAUUUCUAAAUGUAAGUAAAGGCAGUUUCACUGGAACUACUAAGCUGCCCAAAUGCCCCUUCACCGUAUGCAAUGGUAGAAACUCAGUGCUGUGACUAAUGGACAGGGCGUGGAUACCAACUCUGAUGCCAGCAUAUAGCGGUGCUAUGUUAAACAUGAGGUCAUGUUGAAACCACUAAGUAUAAUUUACUUCAUUUUUAACUUAAAAUCAUUAAUAUCAAUUUUGUACUAUCAUUUCACUUGUUUCAAAAUGCAUUUUGUUUCAGGUGAUAGUUGAGUAAUGUUUAAAAAUCAGGUCAGGUGGCAGGAUUUUGCCUAAGGAGAGUGUGUAGUUUCCUUGUUCUUCUCUUCAUUCUAAGAUCUAGGUGAGAAGUGAGAGGGUUCCAAGCAAGCUAGCCUCCAUUAGUGACCACAGAGAACCUCGCUGUGGACAUCACUGGCCAAGCACCUUGUGUCCUGUCUCCUAAGACUGACUGCCAUUGACUUGGCAUUUUGUUUCACAUGACUCCUUUUUCAGAUGUUGACAAAGCCGUGGGUCCUCAGGGCCUCCUGUGGAAUUAUGCUGAGGACAAUCACCAGCAAUAAAAAGUGCAUUCAUUGGCUUACCCUCAUCUACACUGUGGGAAAGACUUGAGCCACAGAACCUGUUUUUGCAGGCCUUUUUAUUUUUCCCCCAAACUUAAAAAAAAAAUUAUUGAGUUUCAAAUACUUGCCUAUCCAAGUAUAGUCUAGCUGUCUACUUGAGAGCAGCAUAAUCCAUUAUGAAAGAGAAAUACAUCCUGGAUUAGUAUAUGCUAAGAUGGGUGAUUUACAAAAAGUUAAAAAAACACCGCCCCCUGCCCAAACCAAAGCCCACGUGUCAUUAUGUUUGACCAAACAUCCAAGCAUUUCACCAUCAAUGGUACCUUAUCAUUGACUUUCUUCAUUGUUUUUUUUUUGUUCACCAUUGGAAAUGAUUGCAGGAUGUUUCUGGACAUCUAAGAAAUACACAAUGUGACUGUAUUUAAUGACCUACACAAAACAUGGCAUCCUUCUGCCAUGGAGACCAACAGGGCACUGUCUCUUCAAAGAUCCUUGUGCUUGAAUGCUUCUAGUGAUACCUAGUCCUCAUGACUUUCCACGUCAGUAGCUAGCAAGCAACUGUCAAUACCCACACUAGUGAAAGGGAUGGAUGUAUGGUCAUCUGAGCCUAAGUGCCCAUUCCCUUCCUCUCCAGCCUCACUGGUAACUCUGUAUGCAAUCUGCUGGAUGUCUGCCGAACAUGACAGGAGAUGCAGAAACUCCAUGUCUGCUUCACUGUUGGUGGAGCCUUUCAGUCUGCCUUGGGAACUUAAAAUUGUGGCUCCCAAAUGGAACAGAGGCUAUUACCAUGAGCUUGUCCCUUUCCCACAAAGCACAACUUAAUGUAUGAGAGGAAUUGAGUACAUUCCAUUAAAAGCUGGGCUGCACGCAGUUUCUCUGCAGAGUUGCAGGGACAGCAUUCCCAGCUGUCUGCAUCCACUUUCCCCCUUUCCAGUCCUUUAUUCUGUGCCAUGUGGCCAUGAGCAUUAGGGACACGGGCACACUCUUACUUAUACUUGCCCUCUGUUCCUCCUGGGCACACCAAGUAUAGAACAGAGGGAAGUGGUGCCGUGUCUCUUACUAGGCUAUCGAAGAUCAAUCCGAUUCUGAACACCAAUAGGGCCCCAUUCUCCCACAAGCUUGUCUCAAUGGCUGCUUGCUACUGGUUUUCAUUCUGGAGUGUCCUCUCAAAGCAAGCUGUUCCCACUAAAUGAACAGCAGGUUUGCUGUGCAGAGGAGUUAGCUUUCUUCUGUAGGCGACAUGUAACAGUAGGCUGGAACAGUCUGGCAUUUGAUAGGCUAUGAAGGUUAUACCGAGUCAAGGUAAGAGUUGUUCUUUUUACCCUUAACCCCAAAGCUUCUACAGCAAUAAAACAUUCUUGGUUACCUUGGUGGAAGAGUAAGAGAGCCAGCCCAAGCAGUUAUCCCUGCUCUACUCCUCCAUCGGUAUAUCCAAAAGGCCACAAAACCAAAUCUAACUGGAAUAGAAAAUUUCCAGUCUAAUUCCUUAAUGACGUUUGUGUUACAUCUCUCAUGUCCUAAUGGCUGGUUAAGUCCAACCGACAGCAGCAACAUUCUGGGCUAGGGCCACCUUCACACCCUUUCAGUUCUAUUUUUUUCUAGCCUCCUUUGUGGGACUACAUACAACUCACUCAGCAGGGAUACACACACACACCACAAAAUGGAGUAAAAUUGUAACCACAAAGCACACAGAUUUACCUGUGUAGUAACAGUCAACCCAGACAGCUCAGUUCACCACGAAGCUGAAGAGAUGUUAUUUUUCUUUUCCUGGGAACACCACCAGAAAACCAAAGCACUAUUUAGUAAUGGGCAUAGAAGACCUCAUUAACAUAGUUUAAAAGUUCAAGAAUUUAGGAGCUUUCAGAAGUUGUGAGAUGACUUUGAAGAUUAACAUCAUUCAGAAAACAUCCUUCAUAUGUAUUAUGAUCUGAGGAUAUUUACCCCUCAGGAUGCUGGUGAGAACAUUUGGUACAGUACCUUUCCUUUCCCCUGGAAAGCACACUGAAGAAACAACAUCUUAACCACAGUUUUCUUCUCGAGGCUGGGAUGUUUUAGGGCAGGCAAGCAGUAAAGUGUUAGCCUAUAGGUUCUCAUCAGCUUACCUCAGUGCCAACCAUGGUACCAGGAGCACUCUAACAAAACCUCUUACCUUUCAGUAGGGGAUAUGGACGACUUAGCACCAGUUCCCCUUCCUCUGGUUCUUGUUUACCAAUAACCAACUUGCCCAGCUUUCAGAAGAUGAAGAACUUCUCAUUUCACUUGUGAAUACAUCAUAGUCCUGUUUUUUGUUUGUUUGUUUUGUUUUUGGUAGAUUAUUUACUAAGCCCAUCCUUUGAACUUUCUGGAGAACCCAAGAAUGAUGCAUCUUUUAACCACCAGGAGGCAACAAUUACCCCAAGGAACUAAGUGAACAGCAGGAAUACUCUUCACCAAGGCUCUAGUGUUCAGUGUUUGCUAUUUCUGUCUCAGGCUGGACUUGAAGAGUGGGUUUUGAGGCAUGCCGAGGGCUGAUAUUCACUAGGUUUAGCUGAAAGGACAGCAGCUCUUAAGUAUUAAUUACCACUGACCCAAACCAAGAAUCCCCGUCAGGGUCCCAUGAGAAUACCCCAAACAUACUGUUUUAAAGUUUUUGUUAUUUUUAUUUAUGUAGGUGCCUUGCUUGCAUGUAUGUAUAGGCCUACUGAAGCGAUGGUACUGGGGUUUCUGGAAUUGGAAUCACAGUUGGUUGUGAACCACCAUGUCGGUGCUGGGAUUUGAACCAGCCUCACUCUAGAGGUCUCUGGAUGACCCAGGUUCAACUACUGCCUAGACUUCCUGGGCUAAAGCAGUCAAUUCUUGUCUUAGCCUCUUGAGUAGCUAGGACCAGAGGCAUGCCAGCACCAGUUCACCGUCAGCAUUAAGGAAUCUCAAGACGGAGCAGCUAAAGUCCUGUUGUCUCCCACUUCUGCAGUCUGCAGCAUCUGUAUUAUCUAUUAGAUGUUCAUCUAAGUGAGCAUGUGGGUUUGUGUGUGUGCGGUGUCCCAUUCAUACCGUACACAUUAUGAACACAUUGAACUGUGAACCCAAAGCUCCCAUAAUUUAAUGUCAAGAAAGAUAAUCAGGACAUGUGAUUUCAUAAAAAUACCUAUCUGUGUGAGACCAAUCCUUUGCAUACAAACCCUUUGUUCAUGUCUCUCCCAACCCCCAUCCUUGCACACUUAAUGCUUACGCCAAUUGGAUUUUCAAGGUCAUAGAAAUGAAGUCUUCUACAACUUUCUAGUGUUAGAUAUUGAGCUAAGAAUACUCUUGCUGUUAAACUUAAAAUCAAUGGGCUAAAAAUAAAACUCCUUAUCUGUAAGCUAGAGCCUGCCCUCCCUCAUAAGCAAUCCCAGUUGGUCUCUAGCCCACAAGGAAGAAAAUACUACAAAUGUGAAAUUUGCAGUCAACCCCCUCCACCUAUUUUUACUUUUUUUUUUAAAGAUUCUAUAUGCAUUCUUUUUUGUUUGGUUGUUUUUCAAGUCAGGGUUUCUCUGUGUAGUCCUGGCUGUCCUGGAACUAGAAAUCUGCCUGCCUCUGCCUCCUGAGUGUUAGGAUUAAAGGCGUGAGCCACCACUGCCUGGCUUCAACAUGCAUUCUGAAUAAAAGCCCUAGAACAAGUAGGACUGUAGGAAACAUAUUCCAACAUAAUAAAGGUUAUGUAUGACAAACUCAUGGCCAAUAUCCUAGAUGAAUAAAACCAUUAAUAAGCCCCAUGAAAGUCAGAAAUGGGAGAGGACUGCCCAAGCCCCUCCGUCUUUUACAAUACAGUCAAGAAGCUCGUGCUUAGGCUUCUCGCUGGUUUCCUUAGUUGAAAACAAAGUGUCCAAGAAGUCAGAAACCAUACCUUCUCAUCAGCAGAACAAACCAACAAAAAACUCUUACAGAAACCAAGGUUAAGGA